AUGCCUGGAACUAAGCUUACAGACGAAGACCACCGGAAGAUCGAUGCAAAGUUCAUUUGCACAUCGUGCAAGUCACUGUUGAACAUUCCCAUGCAAACCAUGUGUGGUCACUUGAUGUGUCAGUCUUGUGUCGAAAACUUACUCAAGUAUGAUAAUUUUUAGUGUGUACUUUCAAUGAAUGUCAGUUCAUCAGGAUUUCAUUUAUACAUCGUUGUCACUCGUGUAUUUAGUGGUAAAAAUAUUCUUUUUUUGUCAGGAGUUCGAAUCCAAAAUGUCCUGAAGAUGGUGAAGAGUUGAGUAAAGAAAAAGUGAGUGCUUUUCAUUUAAACAUUUAUGGAAAAUUUAUGAAAAUCUGAUCAAACGUAUAGGCAAACGUCGUUGAAAUUAUUAGCAAGCUUGCUGCUUUUAGCAAACUACAAAAACAGUAACAUUUAUCAAAUAAACCAAUCAAGCAAACAUAGGCUAACUAUAGUAAAAUCAAAACAAUAUUAAAAUCAGUUCAGGCACCAAAACGUCCGUUGAUAUGUAUCUACCUGAAAAAUACAAGGAGAACUUCAAUGUUUUGAGCAGCAAAGUCAGUUCUCUUUGACACUUUGUAUGCUAAUUGUUCAAACAAAUUUUUGAAAACUAGAUAAAGAUAGACUGUUGCAUGCAAUAAUAUACGGUACAAUUUUAUGGCAUUUGGGUGAGUAGAUGCAACGAAACCAAGUGAAAAGAGAUAAAGAGGUUGUUCCUAUCUAUGUUCCUAUUAUUGUAUCUUAUCUCGCAAAUUAACAUAUAGUUUAACAUAGAUGAUGACAUUUAGAAUUAAUAAUAAAAGUAAUUAUAUAUGAAACUCUUCAGGCCGAAUGCUUCUACAUGUUCUGCCAGAUUAUUACAAUAUUUUUUAACUCUUUCAGGUUUUUCCCGAUGUUUUCACCAAACGUGAGCUUAAUGCAAUUCCUUUACAUUGUGCGAAUCCUGGUUGUUCCUGGCGUGGUGCUUACGAGCAGCUGGAGGUGAGCUGGUGGGAUGAAGAGAAAAGGGGGUAGAAUGCAGUAGUGAACACUGUGGGGGUGGGGGGAUACCUGAAUAACUGUGCAACAAAAAGCUCAAAUAAUGAGUUUGCAACCAUAAUACCUUAAAGGCAUUUCGUGAUCUAUAAAAUAUUCAACAUAUUUCAUUUUCCCUAAUGUAGCGACCCCUUCAACGGUCGGUUGUCUUUUAGGACUGCUAUAUAAAAUCCCAAACUAACAGGGUUUGUUAUUCCCCAAAUUCUACAGUUGCUAAAUACAAAUGAAAAACAAAAUUAUAAUUUCCCAUAUUUAGGGUCAUUCUCAAGUUUGUGAACAUGCUUUGAUCAAAUGCGUCCAUCCCCAAUGCCAGAUGAAGUUACAACGCUCUCAUUUGGGUGAACAUUUAAAAAGCGAAUGUGAAUAUCGGAAUGUGAAAUGUGUACUUUGUGGGCAAGAUGUCACCUUUGCCUUGAUAAUGGUAAGAAUAAAAUAUCUUAGAAAACUGUGAUUUUAUAGUUUUCACAAGACAAACUGGCUAAAUUGUGUUUGCCCGGAUUCUGGUACUUAUCUGGACUAUUUGUCUACCAGAGGCAUAUGUUGUCUGCUCACUCUAAAACCACUGCAUGGUUAAAAUUUCCUGGUUAACACUAUUUGGGUUAACUUAAUAUUCUUGGUUAAAUUUCCUGGUUAUUUUAUCUCACUGCUUACCAUAGUCUGGUUAAUAUAACCAGAAAUCUGGUUAUAUUUGACCAGGACGUCCUUUUUAAAAUAACCAGAUUGUACUAGGCGGAGAAAUAACCAGGCGCCCUGUGCUUUCGAGUUCGUAAAUUAUUAACAAUAAUUACAAAUCCAUAAGUCUCCUUUUCAAAUCAGUUUGAUAAACUCGUCACGUCGUCUUCUAUAUGUAGUUAGCCAGCCUCAAGCCAGUUUACACAAUUAUGCUCACUAUUUGUCUAGGAACAUGUUGAUACGAGCUGUGAAGGUGCACCCGUGACUUGCAGAUACUGUAAGGAAGAUGUUUUGAGAAAAGACAUUGAAAGACACGAGAGACACGAUUGCAACGAGGCUCCAGCGACUUGCGAGUUUCAAGCUGUGGGCUGCAACCAUGUUGAGGUAAUGGCUUGUUGCUUUGUUUGUUUAGUGUCGGUAUUUACAGUGCCAGUGGUCAGUACAUGUUUGUUUCACCUUUGUGACACGAGUACGGUUCUUGCAAUAAUUAUUAGGUCUAUAUAAAAGCAUAUAUAGAUGAGCAAAUGUUCAACUGUUCAAUAGUCUUCCAUAAAUUCUUAUUUACCUUUAUCUUUGAUACAAUUCGUAGACUUUGAGGCGAAAUGAAAUACGUCAACAUAUGAACGAUGGAUUGAUAGACCAUGUCAGAUUACUGUUACAGUAUAUUCUUACCUUCGUUACCCAGCUGGGCAACUAUAUUCCACGUCCGGAAUUUAAUGGAAUCAUACAGAGAAUUCGCGACGACAUUUCGGAGGUUCGCUUUAGCUUGGCCGAAAAAUUUGCUAUGGUUGUCAGAAAGUUCACUGACUUGGACAGACGGCUUGAAAAUAAGUUCACUGGCAUAGAAAGACGGUUUGAAUAUUUGGAGUCCAGGCUGGAAUCCCAAAGAGAUCCGCGUGCACAACAAGUUAUACACAGUCACAAUGGCACUUUACUGUGGAAGAUUGAAAGUUAUCAGAGAAAACGGCAAGAUGCCAUCAAUGAGGUGAAGACUGCUCUAUGCAGUCCGCCUUUCUACAGUUCUCAGUUCGGAUUUAAAAUGUGUGCUAUAUUAUAUAUGAAUGGAAAUGGUAUCGGAAAAGGGUCGCAUUUUUCGUUGUUUUUUGCUGUCAUGAAGGGUGAGUUGAUUACUUGCGACGAAUUUUGUUGUACUUAUAUAGGCAUUUGACAAAGUGUUGGAUUCGUAAGUAAGCCCAGGGACGCCGGAACGAUAAUAGGGCAAAGGGGGGCGGACGCACACCAAGGGCACCUUUACUGAAAAAUUUUUUUUCACUGCAAAAUUUUUUGGCGACCCCCGUCGCCAAAAAAAUUACGGUCAGUGUACCAUUUUAGGGGUCAAAAAAUUUUUCCGGACAUACAAAAAUUUUCCGUGAAGCCAAAAAUUUUUCCGGAUAUCUUAGAUUUUCGCCAUUUCUUCAAAAUAUUUUUCUAAAUUCCAAAAAUCUCGUGAAUCUCGUGAUUUUCCUACAAAAAGCAUCGUUGGAAAUGUGAUUUAUCACGUAUUAUUUUACAACUAAAAGGGUACUUCUGCCCCCCCCCUAGCAAAGGGCAAGGGGGGCAGCCGCCCCCCCUGCCCCCCCAGUUCCGGCGUCCCUGAGUAAGCCAAUAGGGAUGUAGUCAUGUUGUAAACAUUGGUGAAACUGAUCUGUUAUAGGGGCUGUGUAUAUGUUGGGGGCGAGCCAGAAAAAAACGGUUUAGCUAUAGGCGAGAUCCCGCUUUUCGAGAGAUUCGCAUAUGAACACAAUGACCCGGCUGCUGGCUCGCCUAAGCGGGCUGGGUGUUAUUGCUCGAUCUGUUUACAAAAAUAUAUUGUUGUAAAUAAGAUUUUCUCGACAAAUUUCGCUUUUAAAAGGUCUUUCUGUGGGUUAUAUAACCGGGAAAGUUGUUCGUGAAAGUGCGAAUUUCAGGUUUGUGAGAAAAUGCAUUUAUGCUGUUCUAUUUAUAGCGGUGAGAUGAUGGGAUGAAAUCAGCUCGGCAAAGCGAGCUAGCUCAUAUAUACCCGGGCUGGCUCCCUUCCGUACCCCUUAAUUUUAAAGUGCAACUAACACCAAAUAUGAUUUUUGGUACGUGUAAUAGUUCGGUGAUUUUAAGAAGAAAUGUAAUAUAUCUUUAUAGUAAAAAAGUUCAUCUUUUGUUCAUCAUUCGGGGAAUUGCAAAUUAGUUUUCUCUUGUUUUCGGCACCUAAAAUUCCCCAGAUGACAUCAUAUCUGGCAGCUUCGAGAGCCGAAAAAAUCAAUCAAAACGAGUUUUUUUACUAUAAAGUUACAAAUAUUUCGUAGGCCAAAGCCCAAAAUCUCCAUGCAGGGAGCCCAGGAGCAUGUCCUCCCAAGAAGUCUAAAUCCUUAAUUUGAUCCCCAGAUAAUGUGCAUUCAAAAUCGCUCAUCACCUAGAGACAAGAAGCAGAUGCCUUGAUUACGACCCUGGCAUGGCCAAGUUAAUAUCACCUCGGCCAACCUCUAAUGUCUAUUUUCCUUUUUAGUUUUGUUUUAGUAUGGUUUUCUAAUUUAGUUUAAAUUUAGUUCCUAGUAACAAUUUAUUUAUAGUAAUAUUAAACAAUUUUUUGUUUAUGCAAAGGUCCAUUGUAAUGAUUGUAGUAUAUGACAGCAAUGUUCUAAACUAUUAUCAUUGUUUUUUGCGCCUAUCAAAAGGUGACUACGAAGCUCUUCAAACCUGGCCAUUUGAGAAGACGAUCACGAUGAUGCUCUUGGAUCAAGGCAAUGGAGAUCAUAUGAUUGAUGCGUUUCAUUCAGAUCCUCAGAGUGCCUCGUUUCAACGCCCAACGUCGUACAUGAAUAUCGCUUCAGGUUCCCCACUUUUCAUGCCUUUUCACAAAUUGAACGACCACCAAUAUAUCAAAGAUGAUGUCAUGUAUAUUAAGAUCAUUGUGGACUGAUAUACGCCGGCAUGACAUUUUGUGUACAUACUAACGCAAGCAAAUGGGGAGGGGGCCUCAGGGGGCUAUCCCUUUGUUAAAAUUUCCUUUCAGGUUGGGGGGCUCACGACAUAUCCUUGAUAAUUUAACAAUGUUUUGCCAAUUCAGUAAGAUUUCUAAUAUGGGUUCUGAAACUUUCAUGAUGAGUUUCAUCUCUUUUUCAACGGGACUAUCGAGAUUAAAAUGCUUAAAAAAGGAAAAAAGCUACGUACACUUUUUUCGACUUUUUAACAUUGUAACUUCGAUAUAGUCCCUUCGAUAGUGUCUAUAUAUUAGAAGCAAGAUUUGGCAUUAUUGCACAACUGAAAUUAUUCCAACUUAGUUCUGCUCAAUUUUGAAGAUACAUGGCCUGGGUUAAACUUACUGUUGGGUCAUUGUUUCAUUUUUGGGUCAUUGUUUCAAGGAGCCGGAGUUUUGACUGCCGGAGCUAAAAUAACCGGAGUUUGCACAACAAGGUUGGGACCAAUCCAUUUAUGUUUUACUUGUAUAUCCACAAUGCCCCAGUAGAACUGCGAUUUUAUUUAGUGUUUAAAAAGUGCCUCGAAGAACAAUCAGUUCAACAAGUUUCAACAAUUCGCAAGGUCGACUUGCUUAGAAUUACUGAACUAUUUCAUUCGCCUUCUUUACUUUGGCUUCCAAUACAGCAGACAGAAUAAAGAGGUUUAGAUUUUCAGUUCGACUACCGCUACCAUUAGCCAAUCAGAUGCGUUUAAUCCACUCGAUUAACCAAUCAAAUGCGUAUUAAGCCAGCUGUGAAAGAUAGUGGUAGUGGAAGUCAAAUCUUCACCUCUCUAAUAUGCUAGAAUAAAACGGACAGUUUUAUCGUGGCAAUAUGUAAAACACAAAUGGAUGGUUGAACACUUCAGCACUUUGAUAUACAUAUAUUUUAAAUCUUCCACCAGUUCUCCGCUAUGUGUCAGCACGCGUUAUUUGCAUGGAUACACAUGCAGUCGACAUCACCAAAAGUACUGGCUAUUCCUUUGCUCUAUAGAGUAUAGUGGGCAGUAUAGUGUUUCACGAUAUUUCAUAAUUUUGUUCACUAUGUAAUAAAAUUAGUAAUUAUACAGCUCAGGUUUGUCAAUUGUGAAACAGCGCAGUUUACUGGAAUCUAGAAGCCUCUAUACUAUAGCAUAUACUAUUGAAUAAUCAAAUAUAGACAAAAGGAUAAUUCCUUUACCAAUAUAUUAACUUAAAUAAUUUGUCUUGUAAUAAUUGUGUGACUAGUGACUACAUUUACUUUUCUCUCCCCAUAUAUAUAGUUUGCAGGGAGUUAUAUUCAUUAAAUUUACUGUAAAAUUAUCAGACUGAAGUAAUCGUUUUAGAAUAUUCUACCAUACAUAGUCUAUCAAGAUAUGAAGGUCUGGAAGUUCGGGAAAC